AUGGGAAUUCGUUUACCAUCAUCCCUGCUGCCUACUGUCAAGCAAAUUCUCAAGAUGCAAUUGGGUUUUGUCAAGAAGCAGUCAGAUGUUGUUCCUAGAGGUCAUGUUGCUGUAUAUGUGGGAGAUACCCAAAGGAGGCGAUUUGUGGUUCCUGUUUCGUACUUGAACCAUCCUUCAUUCCAGCAACUACUCAAUCGAGUAGAAGAAGAGUUUGGUUAUCAUCAUCCACAUGGGGGUCUAACAAUUCUUUGCCAAGAGGGCACAUUCAUUGAUCUUACUUCUAGACUGCAACAUUCUUGA